GCAGGAUGAACGCUGCUUUCCAAGAUGGCGACGGAGGGAGGAGGGAAGGAGAUGAACGAGAUUAAGACCCAAUUCACCACCCGGGAAGGUCUGUACAAGCUGCUGCCGCACUCGGAGUACAGCCGGCCCAACCGGGUGCCCUUCAACUCGCAGGGAUCCAACCCUGUCCGCGUCUCCUUCGUAAACCUCAACGACCAGUCUGGCAACGGCGACCGCCUCUGCUUCAAUGUGGGCCGGGAGCUCUACUUCUAUAUCUACAAGGGGGUCCGCAAGGCUGCUGACUUGAGUAAACCAAUAGAUAAAAGGAUAUACAAAGGAACACAGCCUACUUGUCAUGACUUCAACCACCUAACAGCCACAGCAGAAAGUGUCUCUCUCCUAGUGGGCUUUUCCGCAGGCCAAGUCCAGCUUAUAGACCCAAUCAAAAAAGAAACUAGCAAACUAUUUAAUGAGGAAAGACUAAUAGACAAGUCACGAGUAACCUGUGUCAAAUGGGUUCCUGGUUCGGAAAGCCUUUUCCUAGUAGCCCAUUCAAGUGGGAACAUGUACUUGUAUAAUGUGGAGCACGCUUGUGGCACCACAGCCCCCCACUACCAGCUUCUGAAGCAGGGAGAGAGCUUUGCCGUGCACACUUGCAAGAGCAAAUCCACGAGGAACCCUCUCCUCAAGUGGACGGUGGGCGAGGGGGCCCUCAACGAGUUUGCUUUCUCCCCAGAUGGCAAGUUCUUGGCGUGCGUGAGCCAGGACGGCUUCCUGCGGGUGUUCAACUUUGACUCAGUGGAGCUGCACGGCACCAUGAAAAGCUACUUUGGAGGCUUGCUGUGCGUGUGCUGGAGCCCGGACGGCAAGUACGUCGUGACGGGCGGAGAGGACGACCUUGUGACCGUCUGGUCCUUUGGAGACUGCCGCGUGAUCGCGCGGGGCCACGGGCACAAAUCCUGGGUCAGCGUGGUGGCGUUUGACCCCUACACCACUAGCGUGGAAGAGAGCGACCCUAUGGAGUUAAGUGGCAGCGACGAGGACUUCCAGGACCUUCUUCACUUUGGGAGAGACCGAGCAAACAGUACCCAGUCGCGGCUGUCCAAGCGGAACUCGACCGAGAGCCGCCCCGUCAGUGUCACGUAUCGGUUCGGCUCCGUGGGCCAGGACACGCAGCUCUGCUUAUGGGACCUCACGGAAGACAUCCUUUUCCCCCACCAGCCCCUCUCCAGAGCAAGGACGCACACGAACGUCAUGAACGCCACGAGUCCUCCUGCCGGAAGCACUGGCAACAGCGUCACGACCCCCGGCAACUCGGCGCCCCCUCCCCUGCCGCGGUCCAACAGCCUCCCGCAUUCCGCCGUCUCCAGCACCGGCAGCAAGGGCAGCAUCGCGGACGGGGCCAUCGCUUCCGGGGUCAGCAAAUUCGCGACGCUCUCACUACACGACCGGAAGGACAGGCACCAUGAGAAAGAUCACAAACGAAACCAUAGCAUGGGACACAUCUCUAGCAAGAGCAGCGACAAACUGAACCUAGUUACUAAAACCAAAACGGACCCAGCUAAAACUUUGGGGACGCCCCUGUGUCCUCGGAUGGAAGACGUUCCCUUGUUAGAGCCGCUCAUCUGUAAAAAGAUAGCACAUGAAAGACUGACUGUAUUAAUUUUUCUUGAAGACUGUAUAGUCACUGCUUGUCAGGAGGGAUUUAUUUGCACAUGGGGAAGGCCUGGUAAAGUGGUAAGUUUUAAUCCUUAAUGCUGCACCAGAUCUAGAACUUGAAUAGGUAGUGAUUUUUUUCUUGCGGGAGGGGCGGGGUGUACAAUGAAUGUGAAUGACACUUCUUAUUCUUAAUGUAAAUCUAAAUGCAUCAGAGCCAUAAUUUUGGAUACUGCAUGCCAUGUAAUUCUGAAUCAUUUGAUAAUUCACCUUAGAACGUUUAAAAACUAUAAUCAAACUAAUGGCCAGCCAAGUCAGUCACCCUCCUGGGGGUAUAUAGAGUCCCAAGGUUAGCGCUCCUGUAUUAGACUAUUUCGAUUUUAGGAAAAUCAUGACAGUGUGGGGAAACAAUGACUUUAAAAUGCUAAAAUUAAAAUUUCUGCUUUAACUGGAAUAUUUUUGCUUAACUACUCAAUUAGAAUAUUGUACACCUGAUCAGAGUGUGUAUUCAAUACGAACGGCCAUUAAUUGUCAUUUAUAGUCCAACUUUUUAUCUUAAUCAUCAAAUGUUUAGGAAUCUAUGAAAUUUAACUUUAGGAACAAAGUGUUCAGCAGGGUUGAUUGAUAUUAUUUUUACAUCGUUCUGGCAAUCCACAGAAAGAGAAGAGCCUUAAUUUUUAAAACCCAUUUUAGUCAUUUUAUGACAAUUAAAAUUGUUUAAUAAACAUCUUUUUUCAAAGAAGCAGUUUGUAGCACUUUGAUUGAGACUCUGUGCACUAAAUAAAAUACCCAUGUUUCUCAGAGCCUGGACAGUUACCGCGAGCUGCGGGCUGAGGGCGCCAGCAGUGUUGUCAGAAGUGCCUCUUGCCACACAAGCCAAGAUCUUUUAUGGUGGAUGUGAUUUGCUUACGCUUUUUCCAACAAGGGGAAGGAGCUUUUCUUUUCUUUUCCUUUUUUUUAUUUUUUGGUGUGGGUUUUUGUUUUUUGGUCAAAAAGGCACAUGACCGUAGGCCCUAGGCAGACUCCUCAGCCUUGUUUGUGAAGACUGAUAGGCCCCCAAGGUUCAGAGAACUUGAAAUUUUUCCCGCGUUUGGGUUUUGUGUUCCCACCAGAGGGGAAGGGCAGGUGCAGGUUGCUCCUUCUCCUUGGAGGGCAGUCGUGGUCCCGGAUCUUCCGGAUCAUUCUCGGGAUGCCCUCGGCCUCUGUCUCAGGGACGCCAUCCCCUACCCCAGGGCCUGCCCCUGGGGGCCUGUGGCUGCUGGGGGCAGGGCUGGCUCUCCCUCAGCCCCGACAGCUGCGACUCUAAUUCCUUCAGAUCCUUAUCAGCUGUCAGACGAGUCGCUUUUCAAAUUCUAGUUUUCACAGUGGAUGAGAGAGCUCUUUGACCCAUAUGUUUCGUGUCAAGAUGAUAAUGAUCUCAUUUGUUAGCUCACUUCCGUCACUUAGGUUUGUUUUUCUGUUGUGCACGCCUUUGUAAUUAAAUAUAGAGAUACUGAUAA